AUGCAAUUAAAUACAAUUGAUGUUUCUUGUCGCGGACCAACUGCAACAAGUCAUUGGAUUAUACCAGGAUUACUUCUAUCAAGUAGAUAUCCAGGUUCAGCAGAUUCUGAUGAGCAUCAAUGCAUAACACGAGCUAUAUACGAUUGUGGUAUUGAAGUAUUUGUUAAUCUUAUGACACCAAAGGAAUUUACACAUUUUACUCCAUAUGAACAACAGAUUCGACAAUAUGCUCUUCAAGACAGUCGAAACGUUGAAUUUAUAUCAUUUCCAAUUGGUGAUCAAUUUAUUUGUCGAGACGAUGAAAAAUUAUUAGAUUUUUGUUUAAAUUUAUCUAAAAGAAUUAAAGAAGAUCAUCAAAAAAUUCUUAUUCAUUGUCGGGGAGGUCAUGGGCGAACUGGUACAAUCAUGUCUAUUCUUAUUGGAAUAUUAUUUGAUUUAGAAGCCGAUGAUGCAAUGAAUCAUAAUUUUCUAUCACAGCAACAACGUUUAAGAAUUAAAGGAAGAACAAGUCCAAUGCAUCUACGUCAAUGCGAACAAGUACGAAAAGUAUUAAAAAUGUACAAGGAACAACAAACUGAUUUAAUUAAUCGAGAAAUAUAG